ACAAGAAGAACACUCAGUAGUCAGUACCUCUCAGUUCCUCAAGUGACAAUAUGAGCAAUUCAACUCAGCAAGAUCAAAGAGGAAAUGAACAAGCGGGUGAUAGAAGAACUCAGCAGCAAAUUGAUGCAUCUAACUGGCUUCCCAUAACUGCUGAUAGGAAAGCAAAAUGGUAUUACUCGGCUUUCCACAAUGUUACGGCAGUUGUUGGUGCAGGAGUUCUAGGGUUACCAUAUGCAAUGUCACAAAUUGGCUGGGUUCCUGGAAUGAUAGUCCUUAUUCUUUCUUGGUUGAUCACAUUCUACUCGUUCUGGCAACUUAUUGAAUUGCAUGAGAUAGUUCCGGGAAAACGAUUUGAUCGUUACCCAGAACUAGGGCAGCAUUGUUUUGGACCCAAACUAGGGUAUUGGAUCGUCAUGCCACAACAAUUGAUUGUGCAAGUGGCUUCAGGCAUUGUGUAUUGCGUCACAGGUGGGAAAUCACUGAAGAAAUUCUUUGAACUCCUCUGGCCAGUCUGGGGUGAAUAUAGAACAACAUACUUCAUCCUCUUUUUCAUUUGCUUGCAAUUUGGGAUCUCCCAAGCUCCAAAUUUCAAUUCUUUGAAAGGAGUUUCUCUCCUGGCUGCACUCAUGUCUAUUGGUUAUGCCUCGAUAGCAUUUGUGGCAUCAACAAUCCAGGGAGUAAAUCAUCGUGAGAAUGUGACCUAUGGGAUUCGGUCUUCGACACUUGCUGGUCAAAUCUUUGAUCUCUUGAAUGGGUGUGGAACAAUAGCAUUUGCUUUUGCGGGACAUAGUGUAGCUCUAGAAAUUCAAGCUACAAUUCCAUCAACUCCAGAGAAACCAUCAAAACAUGCUAUGUGGAAAGGUGUUGUGGUAGCUUAUGUUGUUGUAGCGUUUUGCUAUCUCUCAGUUUCACUGUCCGGCUACUGGGCUUAUGGCAGUCAUGUAGAGGAUGAUGUUCUCAUCUCACUAGAUAAGCCUGCAUGGCUAAUUGCAGCGGCUAACUUCAUGGUGUUUAUUCAUGUUAUUGGAAGUUAUCAGAUCUUUAGUAUGCCUGUAUUUGACCAGAUUGAGCAAUAUCUAGUAGAAAAUCGAGGUUUCACCCCUGGACUACCUUUGCGCAUCAUUGCUCGUAGUUUAUAUGUUGCUGCAGCAGGGUUUGUUGCAAUGUGCAUUCCAUUUUUCGGAGGCUUGUUAGGAUUAUUUGGAGGAUUGGUAUUCGCAUCCACAUCAUUUUUUAUGCCUUGUAUUAUGUGGAUUGUCACCCAAAAACCAAAAGCAUUUAGCUUUCACUGGAUUUCUUCUUGGAUAUCCAUUGUUAUUGGCGUUUUGCUGGCAGUUCUAUCACCAAUAGGAGGGGCACGUACAAUUAUUAUGGCAGCCAAAACUUACAAACUCUUUUCUUAGUACACUCACAGACUGUUUUAUUUAUUUUUCUUAGAACAGAUGAGAUAGUCUGUAAGAGUGAGUUUAAGGAUAAAAUUUUUAAUGUAGUCUUCUUUUCUGCAGUCUGUUUUUGGUUUUCUUGAAAAAAGAAAGCUCACUUUUUGUUUGAGCUAUUUGUUGAAGAACAAUGAUUAAUUAAUAAUUAGAGUUAAUCUUCUUUA